AUGUACUCUAAUAAGUUUGGCCGUCUCGUGUUAGGGCUGUACAGCCGGAAACAGAGUUCCGUCUGCGGCAUUGCUCAGGGUUGCGCUGGACGGAGCUCGUUCAGCUGGACUGCGGUGUGUAAAGAGCGGACACUGAGGCUGCAGAGGGGCGGCUGCCCGGAGAGUCAUGCUGCGUCCUCUCAGAUCAGGUAACGUCAAAACCCUUCAGGGUAACUGCCUGAGGCUGACAGGGUCAAAUCUGACAACCUUUUAAUGUGUGCGUUAAGGGGGUGAAUUGUUAAAAAAGAAUUAGUAGAAGAUACUGUGUUAUAUCAUGUGCAGAUAUUGUAGAGCUGUAAGCUAAUGUUUGCCCCUGAUAGUUUCUAUACCAGUACAAGGUGAGUUCAGUAAUGGAUACUGCAACACUGAAUGUAGGCUUUAUGUUCCACUAAGCCUUCACUUACGACAGGUUAUAGCUCAAAAUGUAGAAAUGAGCAAAUUCUGCUCAUACCCCCAUUAUUAUCAAGAUAAGAAAUACCAGAGAUCAGACCUCUACCCAAAAACACGGAGUUUUAUACAUUUAAGGCCUGAGCCGAGCUUUCAGUUCAUCGUUUUACUUGAUUAAUAAAACAAUAAAUGGGUCAUUGGCAUUUUUGGAAGAUUUCUGUCACCUAAAUAAUGAAAGUCUUAUUAUUCCAGUCAUAUCAUACAUGCAAUGAGUCAGUUACAAUAUAUGUAUGAAAAUGUUAAACUUCUGUUUUAAAUGUGGUGUCAUGACGUGACAGUAUGAAUAUGACCCUGUCACUUCUGCCCCUUUCAUACAGUUCUCGGUCAGCCUCCCACACCACAGUGGACCCUGAUGAGGUGAGGAGGUUCCAGUCACUGUCCGGCAAAUGGUGGGAUGAGCAGGGAGAAUUUGCAGCGCUUCAUGCCAUGAAUGACCUGAGGGUGCCUUUUAUACGGUUUGUGUAGAAAAUAUAUAUUUUAAUAUUCAUUCGAUUUUUGAUAUACCAAAAUGCCAUGCUUCAGUCACUCUCAACACAUAGGAUUGAGUGGCAGAGGUGUCGGGCAAAUGUGUCAAAACAUGACCUGGAGGAACUCCAGCAGCCAUGAGAUAUUUGAGAGUAAAAAAUACAUGAGGAAAACACAAGUAACAUACAUCAAAAGAGACAGGAUUCCUUCACACAGCAGCAUAUUUUCAGGCAACAGCAUACUUGAAUGUUUUGGCAGCUGGCUCGGCUGUUUUGAUUGAUAAGAUCUGCUGUAGGGGCCCCUACAAAAUAACCAUUACAUUACCCAUCCAGCCAAGAGUCCGCUCCAGCUCCUCCCUUCCCCCCUCUGCCCUGUUAGUAAAGGUUUUGAUGAUGAUGUGUGUUUAUGGUGACAGUAUGACAGAUCCAGUCCCAGUGUAUGUCUGAGUGUUGUGGAUUUGCCUGAAAUAAGUCUCCCCUCGGGGCAUGUCUGAAUGAGAAGCAGCAGCAGCACCACUUCUACUGUUGCUAUUGUACCUUUUUUGGUCACUUUAAGCUGAUACUGUCCAUUCUGACUCUUAAUGACUUCAAAGUAAUGUUGGGACAUGACUAACUUCUAGAUUUGGACAAAUAAGGAAACAAAAAAAAAUGAAUUUGGAAAAUUGUGUAUUUAUCUUGAUCUAAUUUCUAAAAUACUGUAUGUGGGGUAUCGAACGUAUAGUGUUCAGUGACUAAGUUAAACGUGAAGGUAAAAUCAUAGUGCUGUAAUAAUCUUUAGUUUAAAAUUUAUUAUUUCAAUUACAGAAUUCUUUUUUUUGUGAAUAAAAAUGUUUUUAUUAUUAUUAUUAUUAUUAUAUAUUUUUUUAUUUUUAUUUUUUUAGAUAGCUUUACAUUUCCUCUUUACUAAAUAGCUUUUGUCUGCAUCCACUUGCUUCAGGCAGGGAGCUAGUUAGGUGGAUAUCUGCUAACACCUCAUCUUCUUUUCUUCACUGUUUGCGACCCAGCAGAGCUUUAAUGAGGUUGAUGCACACCCAGAUUCUGGCCUGUUCUGCAUGUUUAAUGCCCGGGGCAGACUGUCAUCAGACAUGUGUAAGAAAAGCAAAGAGGGCAGAAUGCAGGAAAAAAGGGGAUCGACAUGAACAUAAAUUGAAGCCAGAGGAUAUUGUUGUUAUCCCACCCACACUGAAGCACAAGGUGAAAUGGGAGUGGUGGUGACAGUCGAUGGUAAAAGCUAAGUGUAGAGAUUUUUACAACGUCCAGCUGCCAGUACACAUCCCUAGAUUUAUCAGCAUUUCAUACGAGGCUGAUGUUUUCAUCUUAAAUAUGAAGUGGUGAAAUGUUUGUCACAGAGGAGACUUGAAUUGAAACCUGACUGCCAAAUGUAUCUUUUCAGGGACAACCUGCUGAGUGUGCACAGAGCACGGCAUCCUGGUAGGCCACUCGCAGGACUGACAAUCCUGGAUGUGGGCUGUGGAGGAGGUCUGCUUACAGAAGUAAGUGUGUGUGUGAGAGAAAGGGAGAUAGAAUGAGACAGAGAUAAAUGCAAAGGCCCAGUAUUAUUAAGCACAUGCAGGCAAAAAUAUCCUUCACAAUAUACAUCCUCUGUUGAUUCCCAAUAGUUCCAAUUGCCACCUUUCAGAUCACAUUGAGUCCUUUCUUUCCAGAUGGCAGUCUGUUUCAGUAUCAGAUUCUGCUUUCUGUGCACUGGACUGCCAGUCUCUUGCAUUGGUAGAAGCCAGAAAACAUUUAUAUGCCAGCCUAAUCCUGGUUUUCUUUUGAGAUGACUGGUCUCAGCUUGGUGGAUCGGACAGUCGGUCGUUUACAGUUGUUUAUCUGUUUGUUAGUGUUGAUAGCUGGGCAGCCAUGACAGAGCUUCUGUCUCUGACUUCAUUUGAAGUGAGGACAUACUGGCGGUGCUGUGUGAUCUAGGAAGACAAAUUCAGGUCCUGUAGCUUGUGUGGCCAUGGUACAUAGGCUGUCAUAUUCAGACACAGACACAGAGGAACAUACACAAAAGUGUCUGGUAAGAUCGAAACUGCGGUCGCAUCUCUGGGUGUCUUGUCACUUCAACCCCUCCUAUCAGGAUGGAUCAGCUGUGUGGGGGAUGAAGAUCAGCCCCAAGGCAAGCAAAUGCAGCUCAUCACACAGGCAUGUGUACAGACUUUAUCCAGUAGAGGGUGCUGUUGGUUAAAAACAUUAACUUCUGACUCUGGACAAUCUUAAUAAAGCUGCAUUGACUUUUAACUGCAUUUCUCAGAUUUAAUGAAUAUCAAGUCAGCUGAUGAACAUUACAGUGCUUCUAAACAGGGUUUUAUUGGUUUGUUGGUGAAUAUACACAACUGAUUUUCAGAUUUACAGAAAAGCUCUGUGUGAUUCGCUGUAGCUCAUACUGACAACAAUAUUCUACUACAGGGAAAUGGACUGGACAUGAUUGAAAGUUUUAUUAUUAUUUUUUUUUUCUGUUCACAUUUUUGUUGAACAAUCUUCAUUCUUUAGUUGUAAAUACCAGCCUGACUUUGUUUUUGUAGGGCAGGUUUUCUUCAUAAAUUGGACGCAUAAUGGAUCUAUGCCUGAAUCUCUAUCCUCGUCCCUCCCCCCGUAUCCCCUAAAGCCUUUAGGUCGCCUGGGAGCAGAAGUGUUGGGUAUAGAUCCAGUGGAAGACAGCAUCGGCACUGCAAGGCUGCAUUCGUCUUACGACCCAGACCUUCGGGACCGGGUCAGCUACAAGGCUUGCUCCCUCGAGGAGCUUUCAGCAGAGGAGGAAGAGGGAGAGUCAGAGGAGCUAGAAGUGUCCCAGUAUGAUGCUAUUGUAGCAUCUGAGGUGGUGGAACAUCUGGCCGACCUGGAAACAUUUGCCUUCUGCUGCAGCAACGUGCUGAAGGUGUGUCUUGGGACUGUGUGUGUGUGUGUGUGUGUGUGUGUGUGUGUGUGUGUGUGUGUGUGUGUGUCAGUUUUUUCCAGUGUUGAACACAUAGCUGAUAUUUCUGUAACUGUACACUGUGUUUGCGUGUCCAUCUGAGCGUGUGCUAAUGUGUAUCUAUGAUUCGAUGUGUUUGCAUCUAUUGUGCAUCACUGGGAAUUGGUCAGUGUGUGUUUUAAUCUGUGUGGGUCACGCUGAAACUUGACAAGACUUAGUGAAUGCUGUGCAUCAAUACUGAGAGUUGAUGAUCAUAAUCUCGUAGGUCAGUGGGCCAGAGGAGCUGAGAGGGAAAAAAAGACAGCUUAAUCUUUACUUAAUGCCUCUGCGUUUGGUCGAGGCAUGACUGCACUGUCCCUCUCUCUGGCCCCAAUCUCUAAAUUCUAAGUUUUUAAAACCAAAAAUAGAAUUUAAAAUGCAUCCUGCUACAGGGCAUCUGUGCUGGAAUGAAUUAUUGCAUUGUUCAGAUUCAUGUCAGAGAAGUAUUGCACUCUAGCACUCAUCUUUCCCAUUUCUUUUUUCCGUCUUUCUUUCUUUUUCUUUCCAUUAUACUUCUACAUCCUCUCUUGUGACCAGAGCAGACUGAGGUUGACCCUUGACAUCUAGUCUUAAAGUCCACAGUAUACAAAGCUACAGAUCCCAAACUUGGCUCCUUUUUAAGCUUUUCUGUGAUCCAGCAGUCAGUCACCAUAUUUCUGAGACAGUGUGAACAUGACUUUUCCGUACCUCUAUCUUGAUUGACAGGUUGUUGCAAGUUAUUGAUCAGAAAAACUGGGGGUCCAAAGCAGGAUAUCCAAAAUAAGUAAAAGGCCUUAAAAGAAGAUUUGAAACAAGUGUUUGCUGUUACUCUAAGAUUUUCAAUCCAAAUAGAAUUGGAAUUACUAGGCCGCCAGGUUCACUCAGUAGUUGAAGCUCAGGCUUCAGUACAGAGGCUCUGGGUUUGACUUCAACAUUUGUCCUUUGCUGCAUGUCACCCCCCCACUCUCUCUUCCCAUCAUUUCUUCUCUCUUUGCUAUAAAGGCAAAAUUUGCCUCAAGAUAACUAUUAAAAAGGGUCAUUUGGUCAUCUCUUAUCACACAGUACUUUUUUUCUUUUACUGCUGUGGGUAUAGGUGCUCCCUUCUGGUCACUAGACAGAAUGCACCUUGAUUCUACCAAUUUAGUAUGUAGCAUUAAUUCAUAGCAAAUGUAAAGAACGGGUCUCCUUGACUACUCUUUGGUUUACUGCAAAGACUCAACAUCACGCUAGAUGAGAUUAAGACUCUGCUUUAUCUUAAUCCACCAUUAGCAGAGCACUUUGCAGAAUCUGGUAAGUCACUGUGUUCAGGGAAAACUCUCUUUUGAUUGGCAGAAACCUUGAGUUAAACCAGACUUUUGUUGAACAGCCAUCUGCUGCGAUCCUGUUAGGAACAGGAUCCUCUGAUGUGGUUUUACUUUGCGGACCUAUAGGCUACUGUAUGUCAUCUUGUUAUAAGCAUUGAAUGGGUUUGGCUCUGUUUCCACUGACCUAAUGUACUUUAUCUCCAAAUCCAUUCUCUGAGUGGUAUUAUUACAACAGUUCAGACCUCUAAUGUGUAAAAAGCAUCAACAGGAGUAUGAGGUCAUUGCAAAGUUAUCUGAGCUACUGCAAGUGAACGCUAUUUGUAGUUUUAAUUAUGUGCUAACAGUGUUUCUCCUCUCUGUGCAGCCAGGCGGCUCACUCUUCAUCACUACUAUAAAUAAGACCAACCUGUCGUACGCGUUGGGUAUUGUCGUAGCUGAGCAGCUGCUGCGCAUUGUUCCCAGUGGGACCCACGACUGGGAGAAGUUCAUCAGCCCUGAGGAGCUGGAGCGCCUUCUUGAGUCCAGUAAGUCCCUCCUCACACAGGGAGAGAUGUUUUCCCUGUAGAGCAGAUGAUGUUUUCCAUGAUCUGUUCAGCAGAUGGAUAUUCUACAGGUUACAAAGUUUAGGUUUAUUCCCAAACAGGACAGCAGGUUUCCAUACAUCAGAGCAUUAUUUCCAGAGUGGAAAGGGACCCACUCGGGUGUAUAAAAAAGAUAUAAAAAGCCUUGUUUAUCAGAACAAACCAAUUUUUGUAUUCAUGUGAUUAUACUCUCACUGUACUCUAGGGCUGGGUGAUAAAACCAUAACGAUAUAUAUCUAAGAUUAAUUUCCCUCAAUAUCGAUAUAAAACAUGGUCAAUAUGCUUUUUGAUUGUCGUCAUGUCAUGUUUUGGUAGAUUAUACAAAUAGCCAAUGAAAAGGGGAGUUACUGCGGGUCUGCUUCGCGCUAAACCAAUCAUGUGCUGAAUUAGAACCAAGUAGUAAACAACUGCGAGGUAGCAGGCUCCAGCUACACGCAACCAUAGUGCUUUAACACAUGAAGCCAACAGCAUUGUCAGUGAGAAAAAAAGAAAAUGAGUGCUACCCCAGGCAGAAAUGCAGAUGAAGGCUCAACAGAUGAUGACAUCGUCGACAACACUGGCACGAAAACGGUGGUGUGCAGGUGUUUUGGUUUUUUGAGUUCGGACAUGAAGCAGAGUAAUGUGCACUGCAAAUUAUGUCGCGUACAUUCUCUCGCAAAGUCGGGGAAUAACGCAAAUCUUUUCCACCACUUGAUGCAGUGCCAUGCGGCAGAGCACGAACACUGCAGAAGGUUACAAAUCCCAAGCGGAAAAAGGAGCCCAUGGCGCCUGUGCAGCCAAAACAGCCAACCAUUCAGUCCGCUUCCUACAGCGCAACGCCUUACAACAAAACGUUGAAGAGAAACAAAGACCUCACAGAUGCAGAAGCUUAUUGUAUCGCAAAAGACAUGCGUCCAAUUAGCACUUUCAAAUUUCAUUUUUUGUAUUGUGAUAUAUAUCGAUAUCGACUGAUAUGAAAAAAAUGUAUUGUGAUAAACUUUUUCCCAUUUUGCCCAGCCCUACUGUACUUACUGUAUAGAUAUCAACUCUAGUUCUACCAAGUCUGUUCUGAUAAAUGCUGCUGUGAACAACUCACUGCACCAUAAACAGCCUUGAAGGUCAUUAUUUUCCCUUUGUGUUUUUUUCAGACGGUUUCUCAGUGCAGUCUGUGCAAGGCAUGUUGUACAACCCACUGUCAGGAGCCUGGUCCUGGACAAACAGCACCGCCAUCAACUACGCCCUCCAUGCUGUCAAAGUGAGAGAUGAUCCGCUGCCAGACCAGACAGAGGAGAGCAGUUCCUACCAAGACGGCUCUGCAGACACACACAGAUGA